GGCUGCCCAUUUUGCGGGACGACUCAGGCUGCACGCCCGCCGAGGCCAGCAGUCGGACGCCUGCAGUGUCGCCUGGACGCCCACGACUCGCCCGAACGCCUGAAAGCGCCUCAAAGUGCCACUGCCCGCUGGACAGGACGAUGGCCGCCCAAAUGACGGCCAAGGAGCUGGCCAAGAUGGUCCAGCUCUGUGGGAGAGCCGAGGCCGGCGGCGUCAUCGACGACGAGGACGUCAAAGAACUCAUAAAAGCCAUGGACGACGCCGCCCUACCAACGUUAGUAAGAGAGGAGAACUGGCGCAAGGCUCAUGAGAGAAGGAAGAAGCGCAACAACAAACCGGACACGCCGGAAGAUUCAGAAAGGUACAUUCCGUUCUACGAGAAGGAGGCGCGGCUCGACAACGCGGUGCGGAUGCUGCAAGAUAAACUGACAGCUAACACGCCCAAGGGCGAAGCUCUCAAGUUAUUUCGACGAGCGGCCCAUGGCAAUGAUUCCAUACCCGUGGCGGAGCUCAUCCCGUCAUUAAGGGAAACUUUAAGGAUCUCCGAGGCGGAUCUAUCAUCUACAGAUUUGGAGAACAUGAUCAAGGCGACCACUGAUAGGUUUGCCGAUGAUCAGGGAAAUUUGGACCUGGAGUGGAUGAGUAACGAAGCUGAACGGUUAAUGAAGACGUGGGAGGUCGAGCGCCAAACGGAAAAACGUUUGACCCGAGAGACGCCGAUGCAGCGGUCCCGACGCAUAAAACGGGAGCAGACGCAGAUGAGCGCGGCGGAGCUCAAAGAACGAAGGGACUUGGAGCGGGCGGCGCAGAAGAAGAUCGAUCGACGGAAACGCGUGGUAGAAAGGUUGGAUGACAAGUCGGGCAUCGACGCCGAGACGGGCGAACCGGUGCAGAUCGAGGAGGAGGUGCACGAGCGCACGGACCAAAUCAGGUGGAAGACGGGCCAUCUCGCGCCCCGCGCUUAUGCGGAGGGGCCUCCAAUAAGGCCGCCCGGUUCUCCGCCGGAAGCGGCGAAACGGAAGGCCGCGAAGAUGAGGGCGUCCGGCCAGCACUGGGGGACGUGGUAGUAAGAUAGUUGUACUAGUA